AUGCUAAGCCAUCUCAACGCAUAUCAGUCAUCGCAACAGCGGCCUGCAGUUGCUAAACACUGUACACACUCCCAUGAUACUCGGGUCAGGUAUAGCGAUCCGCUUUCUAGGCAUUUUGAGCAACUCUCCAGAUCAAGUUCCGCCAGAAUACCUUUGACGCAUCCUCGCGAGGAGUUCCCUAACAGCCAUAUGGAUGGGUCAACGCACAAUGGCAAGGCCAACACACAUUCAGUCAGCAUCCAACUAUAUUUGGAGGUGAGAUUGCCCUCGCUCGGUUCAUUCGCAGGUGAACUUCGCAGCAAGGAAAACCUCCGGACUCAUAACUACGCAAUCGAAGGUAAAGCUAUUGACCUGAAAUGCUUCGGCAGUCUACGGCAUGGAUUCGCAUUGCCCGGAGCAGAUCUUGGUCUGGUGAUGACCACACAUGGAGAACUGUUACAAAAGGAAUUAGAAGCAGAGUGUCCUCGGAUCUUGAAUAAGGCAUUCCUUGACGCCGGCUUCGGCGCUCGGAUGAUUCAGAGGACCAGAAUUCCCACUAUAAAAUUUCAUGUUCAGGGCUCUUGUUCAUCUAAUGUCCGUUCUCGAAAACACGCCCCAAACCUGGAGUUCCCAGCUUCAUUGGGCAUUCAUUGUGAUAUCAACUUUUCGGGGCGCUUGGCGCUAUACAAUACUAAAUUACUUCGCUGCUAUGCCCUCUGUGAUGAAAGGGUCCGCCUCAUUGGUGUUUUCGUAAAGAUGUGGGCUAAGGCUCGAAAUACCAGCAAUCCCUAUCGUGGAACACUAUGUUCGUAUGGCUACAUCCUCAUGGUCAUUCACUAUUUGACGAACGUCAUUGAUCCACCUUUGGUUCCAAAUCUUCAGCUUUCGAGUCAACCAUGCCCUGGACACUCAAAAAUCGCAAGUUUUAGUGAAUACAACAUACUUUUUAUCAACAAUGAGGCUGGACUUGAGAGGAGAGCCUCGUAUAAUAUAAAAUAUGGUAAUCGACAGUCUAUCGGCAAGCUGCUUCGUGGCUUUUUCGCAUAUUAUGGAAGCCGCUACCAAAUGAUGCCCCCUGGCUGUUUCAAUUGGGUUCAGAAUGUUGUCUCCAUUCGCACACAGGGUGGUAUCGUUGCAAAACUGGACAAGGAUUGGAACACUUCCAGAACAGAUGAACACGGGCAUCGGCUUAGGUUCCUAGUAGCAAUUGAGGAUCCCUUCGAACACAACCAUAACGUGGGUAGAAAGGUCACGGAUCAGGGCCUAAAAGCCAUCACUGCAGAGUUCUCCCGUGCUCGGAUUAUCAUACGUAGGGUUCAGGAAAUCCCAAGAGUAGGCUGGGAAUGGCGUACAGACAAUGGCCACGUGGACUCAUCCGCCACACAACAUCCGAUAUGUCCGAGAAACAGCCCACGGAACACAAGAAUUUUCAACACGCUACUCUGGCUCUGGUUCCAGUGUUGA